UGUUUGUUCAUUAACUUAUCAAAGGUUUGCUAUUACUAAUAUAUGUCUAUAAAUAUGUCUCUAUUGAAUAUGGACAUUUGUUAAUACAAAAAAUAUUCAACAUUUCUAAUAUUGUCAACUGUCUAGUAGUUUAAAUGGAAAGUAUUCUAUUUUGAAUUUUGUCAAGUUCAAAGCUAAUCCACUUGACAUAACACAGGGAUUCUUGGAGAUGACAAGAUGCGUUCAGCUUUCAAGGGCUCUACUCAGCCUAGAAGUCCUGGUAACCUUAGGCUCAGGAGCUCGUGUAUCAUUUAUAGCGAGGCCAGAAGUUGGUAAAGAGCUAGUGAAGCCAUUUGAUUUGAGUUGCUCUUUACAGGAUUAUCAGGGAUAUACUACGGACUUGAUUUACAUCUUAAAAGGUUCAAGUACUGUAAUUGCUAAAAUUCCAACAGAAAACAAAGGGGACGUCAAACUUCAUUCUAAAAGUUUCUCCGUGGUUGGAAGCAUCUCUCCUGGAAGUUUCCCUUAUCUUAAUGUAACAUGGACAAGGCCAACAGAAGACUUGUCUGGUCAGUAUACGUGUUUCAUCCAUGCCCGUAACGCAGUAGGGGUGGACUCACUAUACCAGUCAACGGUACAAGUCUCGAUAGAAAAAGCUACAUUUAAAGACUUAUUUGACUUCUCGGCCACCCUGGCAUCUCAGCUAGAAGAAACAAACUCUCAGCUGAGCUCCAUCUCUAAUAAAAUGUCCGCAGCGAAUGCUGAACUCAACAUGCUGAGACCGAAUGUACAAGAAGGGACUGUUUCCUGUGGGAUUGCCGUCACAUAUACUCCCGCUCCACCAGAUCCAACAUGUUUUCCAAAUCGAGAAAGUAGACACCGUGUACGUUUCAACACAACAUAUGCCAAGGCACCAUCCGUCACUCUCAGCCUAACAAGUUUUGAUGUCAAUGGAGAUUUCAACUCCAGGUACUAUUUCUACUCGACCAAAGUAACUACAGAAGGAUUCGAAGUUGUUUGCGGUACUUGGUGUAAUACUGUCAUCUACGGCAUGCAUGUUCGCUGGCAGGCAGUCAAUAAAUAAAACUUAUCACUUUUGUUUCACAAU